AUGGGCAUCGUAGUCAACUCCAACGGCACGGGGAACUCCUUCCACAACGCCCGCCCCGUGUCCCCUGACCCGACCGUCUCCCACUCGGCUUCCAGCAGCAGCGUCUCCAGCCCCAGCCCCCGGACGGCCUCCACCUUCACAGACACGGCAACCUCGUUCGCCGACUCACAGCCCCCGAGGGCCUCCCUCCGGCGCAGACGUCGCUCCCGCUCCCCUUCCACCCGCCCUCUGCCAACCUACACGGUCGACGACUACGACCGCGAGCACAACAGGCACAAAGAGCCGACCCCGCCGCACAGCUCCCGCUCGCAGUCCCGCGGCCCCUCCUCCUCCUCUUAUUCCUCCUCGUCCACCUCAUCGUCUUCUUCCCGCAGCCACAUCGACCGCGGCCCGGCGGCCGACCCGGCGCAGCCGUUCCCGCGGCUGUCGCGCCCCGUCGAGCUGCUGCGCAGCGCCUACGACGUGGUCGUCAUCGGCUCGGGCUACGGCGGCGGCGUGGCCGCGUCGCGCAUGGCGCGCACCGGCGCCCUCUCCGUCUGCCUGCUCGAGCGCGGCCGCGAGAAGUGGCCCGGCGAGUACCCCACCGGCGCGGCCGAGUCGGUCCGGGAGCUGCACUGCUCCGGCGUGCUCGCGCCCGGCCCGCUGCGCGGCAGGCCCGUCGAGGGCGGCGAUCCCACCGGCUUGUUUCACCUCGUGCUCGGGAGGGGGCAGAGUGCGGUUGUGGCGAAUGGUCUUGGAGGGACAAGUCUGAUCAAUGCGAACGUGUUCAUAGAGGCGGAUAAGGAGACGCUGGCCAUGCAGGACUGGCCGCCAGAGAUCCGGAAUAAUGUGGAUGAACUGGACAGAUACUACGACAAGGUGGCCGCGGUGCUUGAGCCCAAGGAAUACCCGGCCGAAUGGCCGGCGCUGCCCAAGGCCGAGAUGCUCCAGAAGCAGGCCGAGCUGCUGGGGCUGGGCAGCAAGUUCAAAAAGGUGCGGCAGACCACGCGCUUCAUCAACGGGCCCAACAGCUGCGGCGUCGAGAUGUCGCCGUCGACCCUGACCGGCCAGGAUACCACGGGGCUCAACGACGGGUCCAAGAACACCACGCUGGUCACGUACGUGGCCGACGCCUGGAACUGGGGCGCCGAGAUCUUCUGCGAGUGCGAGGUGCGCCACAUCGAGAAGGUUAAGAACGGCGAGGGCUACCGCGUCUACUUUGCCUGGCACGGCCGGAACCGGGGACUGUUCAAGGCCAACCUCCUCGGCGACCUCAUGUGGGUGCAUGCGAAGAAGGCCGUCUUCCUCGCCGCCGGCGCCAUCGCCUCGACCGAGAUCCUGCUCCGUAGUAAGGCCAUGGGCCUCGAGAUGAGCGACAUGGUUGGCCAGAACAUGAGCGGCAACGGUGACAUGCUCGCGUUUGGCUACAACACGGACGAGACGGUGAACGCCAUUGGGCGUGCGGUGCCGUCGCCGUACAACCCCAUCGGCCCGACCAUCACGAGCGUGAUCGACUGCAGGGAGGGUCACGACAACCCCCUAGACGGCUUUGUGAUUGAAGAGGGCGCCGUCCCACACGCGCUGUCCCAUUUCCUGCAGGCGAUGCUGGAUCUCAUGCCGGGCAAGGAGGCGCCCGAGAACGAGUCGCUGGUCCAGCGCACCCAGGCAGCCCUGGCACGGUACGGCAGCAGUUUCCUCGGGCCGUACUUCAAGAAGGGCGCCGUCGAGAAGACGCAGGUGUACCUCGUCAUGUCCCACGACAGCAACCAAGCAAUCCUAACUCUCGAGGACGACAAGCCGGUGCUAGAGUUCCUGGGCGUCGCCCGCAGCCACCACGUCAAGAAGCUCAACCAGCUGCUUGCGCGGGCCACCGAGGCCGUCGGUGGCACCCUCGUGCAAAACCCCUUUUUUGAGCUGCUAGGCCAGGAAAUCACGGUCCAUCCAAUCGGUGGCGCAUGCAUGGCCCGAGACAACACGGGCAAGACCGGUGUCACCAACCACGUGGGCCGGGUAUUCACCGGACAGGGGAGCGAGACAUACGAGGGGCUCAUCGUGACGGACGGCUCGGUCAUCCCCACGGCGCUGGGCGCGAAUCCCUUUGCCACGAUCGCCGCGCUGGCCGAGCGGUCCGUCGAAGCGUACGCCACGUCUCAGGGGCUCACCAUCAGCCAGGAGAAGAACGACGUGCUCGACCUGUUCGGCGAGCCCCAGCACGCCCCCAAGCGCGACCGGCCGCGGCGCAGGCGCGGGGAGAUCAGGGCCAUGGAGGAGCAGGAGAGCCUCAGCGUGGCGAGCAGCGCGAUCCGGUCGGCGCGCGACCUCGGCGCCGGCGGCUUGGGCUUCACCGAGGUCAUGUCGGGCUUCAUCCACUACGACAGGCGGCUCACCGACGACAAGCGCGAGACGUACGAGCUGGCGCACCGCAUGGCCAAGUCGCUGUGCGAGAGCGCGCGCUUCUUCCUGACCAUGCAGGCCUUCGACACGCGGGAGCUGGUGCGGCACGCGCAGCACCGCGGCAUGCUGACGGGCACCUUCGUGUGCCCGGCCGUCCCCGGGUCGCCCUUCAUGGUGCAGCGCGGCGAGUUCAACCUGUUCAUCCUCAACAACAAGGCGCCCGGCACGCGCAACCUGACGUACGACUUCGACAUGACGGGCGUCGACGGCCGCAAGCUGCACUUCCACGGCUACAAGGUGGUCGACUCGUCCGUCGCCCUGGCCCCGUUCCGGUUCUGGCGCGCCACCUCGACGCUGUACGUGACCAUCAGCGAGCACGUCCCCGGCAUGUGCGCCGACCUGGACGACGAGGACGCCUGGCGGCGCGGCGCCGUGCUGGCCAAGGGCAUCAUGCAGAUCCAGCCGGCCGACUUCCUCGCCCAGAUCAACACCAUGGCGCCCACCGGCAGCAACCUCGUCCGCAAGGCCGUCAGCGCCGCCAGCUUCCUGACCUACUUCACGCGCAAGUCGCUGUCGCUCUUCCUCGCGCCGCUCACGCCGCUGCAGUACCCGACCCAGUCGUUCACCGGCUUCGUCAACAACACGCCGCCGACGCGCUCGGUCGAGGUGAGGGCCUCGGACGGCGUCAGCUCGCGCCUGCACGUCUGGGAGCCCACCCACGUGCCCGGGGGGAACCCGGCGAACGUGCGCAACCUGUUCAUGAUCCCCGGCGCGUCGGUCGACCACCAGAUCUUCGCGCUGCCGACCAUCCCGUUCAACGCGGUCAACUACUUCACGCGCGCCGGCUACCGCGUCUUCGUCUCGGUCCACCGCAUCUCGAAGCUGAUGCUCGCCGGCAGCGACUGCACGACGUACGACGCGCGCCUCGACCUGCGCGCCUGCCUCGAGCACAUCCGCCGCGAGCACGGCCCGGACCCCGUCUACACGGUCGCGCACUGCAUGGGCAGCGUGGCCUUCGCGUCGGGCCUGCUGGACGGCACCAUCCCGGCCGGCUGGAUCCGCGGCAUCACCUGCUCGCAGGUCUUCAUGAACCCGGUGUGGGGGCCGACCAACAUGGCCAAAGUCCUGGCCGGCCCCGUCCCGCUCGACAAGUUCUACAGCCUGCUCGCGGGCAGCUGGUUCAGCUGCAGCACGUCGCGGGGCGACACGCUGGUGCAGCAGGCGCUCAACCAGCUGCUGCGGCUGUACCCGCAGGCGCGGCGGGAGAUGUGCACCAACGCGGCGUGCCACCGGGCGUCGCUGGUCUUCGGGCGGUGCUGGAACCACGCGAACCUGAACGAGGCGACGCACCGGCAGACGGACCGCUUCUUCGGGGGCGUCAACAUGACGCUGCUGCACCUGCUGAUGCGCAUGGGCGCCGAGGGCCACGCGCUCGGCAACGCGCCCCUGUUCGAGCGCCUGACCACGCCCGAGAACGUGCGCCGCCUGCGCGGCCUGCCCGUCCUGCUCUUCGUCGGCCGCGACAACGCGGUGCUGUCGCCCGAGGCCACCGAGCGCACCUACGAGACCCUGUGCGACGCCUUCGGCGACGCCGACUACAGGCGCCGCGUCGUGCCCGGCUACGGCCACCUCGACUGCUGGAUGGGCCGCAACGCCUGGAAGGACGUGUAUCCCUUCGUGCGCGAGGAGGUCGACCGCGUCACCCGCGGCGAGGACUAUCGGUUCGAGGAGCCCGACGACAGGUUCAAGGCCAUGGUCGACCGUGGGGAGUUGCUGUAUUGA